UAAUCUUAAACUUGAUGACGAAAAACUUAUUCCUAACCGAGCUCUACGAUCUGCAAUUCAGGAUUGGCUUCAGCAGCACCAACAGUUAUUCAUCGGACCUACCUUAGCUUGCCAUUUCUCCUUUACUAAAAACAGGCAUUGUUUGAAUUAUGUACAUCAUGGAUGUGAUUUGAGGGUUCUUAAGUAGAGAUGUUUUUUUUUAUCAUUAUAUUGUGUAGCAAUCAAAGGCAUAUCUUUGCUUGCAGGGUGUAGCAAUCAUGUGUAUGAUGACUUGUUCAACUUUGUGAAAAAAAAUAAAUUCAGUUUGCUCAUAAUAAUAAUCUCCCUGAACUUGGAUUGGGUAUAUGGAAGAAUCUAAUAGCUCAUAAAUUAAUAUGAUCAGAUUUAGUUUGUAAAACCAAUUUUGAUCCAUAAAACAAUUUCAGGUCGUUAGAAAUCAAGUGAAGAAAACGAGAAUUUUAUUUUUCAAGUUUCUUUCACAAUUCGGGUUUCAUGUAUUAACUUGCUUACCGUAGUUAUUAGUGCCGGAUCCAUAUAUUAAUUUCACCGUUUCACAUAUGAAGUAGAGUAUGCAGCUGGUGAUUGUGUUUUUGGGUGUAGUGAUGGCGGCUGGUUAGUGAGUUAGUCCAUAUAGUCCAGUCUAUAAUCUAUAUGCAUCAUAUCUCUGUAAUAUAAAUUACAUUUGUCAUUUUUACAUGAGAUUUGAUGACUGCUUCUGUCAACGGAGUCACUAUCCACUAAAUGCAUUAGACUAGAUCAAUGUAGUCCAGUUUAUUGUUGAAGUAGUACUAGUAUUCGUUGUAAUAAUCUCAACUGAUAUUUUAAUACUAUAAUUAAAUUCUAUGACUUUGGCAACUUAAUUGCUCAUCUAUUAAGUUUGUUUCAGUUGAAUUUUACUAAUUUCUUGUCUUCUAAUUAUGGAUAAUCAAAACAAGCUAUAUGUGGCAGUUGGGAAAGAAGAGGGUGAGGAUAGAAAAUCAGUUCUAAACUGGGCUUUAAAGUUUUGGAAUGGGGAGACCAUUUGCGUUUUUCAUGUUCAUGUGCCUACCCAAAAGACUCGCCAACAAACAAGAUACGGUUUUCGAUCUCCUUUAAAGACAGUCAGAGAAGUGGAGGUCAAUCAAGAGUUGGAAAGACUAAAGGUCAAAGAAAUGUUGGAUGAUUCUCUUAAUAUGUUUGCGCUUAAGAAGGUUCCGGCUGAAAAAAUAGUUAUUGAGAAGGAGUCUGUAACUGAUGGGAUUUUGGAACUCAUAUCUCAAUUAGGGAUACAGAAACUGGUUAUGGGUGCAGGAGCCAACAGCAGAUUUUUGAGGAUAAAACCAAAACCCACCUCAGAAAAGUCUAAUGAAGUCCUUAAUAAGGCUCCUGAUUUCUGUCACAUCUGGUUUGUAUACAAAAGUCGUCUAAUAUAUACGAGGGAAGCCAUGAGGCAACUGAAUCAGCAUCUGGAAGAAAAUCAGUUGAACAGACUGAGUUAUUUAGAACAAUAUAUCGAUUUACCAUCAGCUGAAUCAUCACCGUUGUCUCAAAACAUGUACAUGAUUCGUCACCUGCUACUGGAUAAAGGAUUCAAAUAUUUUGUGUGGAAACAGCAAAAUAUCAUAGACAAUGAUUCAUAUGAUCAACUUCAGCAACCCUUAGCACAAGCUGAAAAAGUAAGACAAGAAGAAGCUUGUGAAGAUUCGGAGAGACGGCAGAAAGCUGAGAGCGAGGCCAUGAAGGCAAUUCACAAGUUGAAAGCUUCUGAUGAAAAGCUAAAUAAGAUGAAGGGGAAAAUAAACGAUCUACAGCUCAAGAUACAUAAAGGUUUAAAGGUGCUUUACCAAGCAGCAGCAGAUGGUGAGUUCUUAUCACUUGAAAUUGAGGAUGAGGAAGAAGAAGAAGAGAAAAUGUUCUUCGCGGAAAUUUUGCAGAAGAAAAAGAAGUUAUGUGAUAAAGUGCUAAUGGAUUAUGAUGAUACUCUUGAUGUAUACCUAUCUGCGGAUGAUGAUUCUGCUGAAGUAGUUCAAGUGUUGGAGGAACAAGUUUCUCAGGAGCCAUCUAGUUCAAAUGUUCCUAUGUUUUCCUGUGAAUCCUCCCAGUUAGAUAUCAGAGAAGCUACUAUGUUCUUUGAUCCAUCAUUGAUAAUUCAUGAAGGAGACAAUGGCAUUGUAUACAAAGGUUGCCUGCAUAACACUGAAGUCGCGAUAAAGAUACUUAAACCUGAUAGCGUGCAGGGUAAUGCAGAGUUCAAACAUGAGGUUGAUGUAUUAAGCAAGUUGCGCCAUCCAAACCUGGUGAGUCUCAUUGGUGCAUGCCAUGACUCCUUGGCUCUCAUCUAUCAGUAUCUUCCCAAUGGAAAUCUUGAAGACCGACUGAAUUGCAAAGACAGCACUCCGCCGUUACCAUGGCAAACAAGAAUUCGGAUAGCCAUUGAAUUGUGCUCAGUCCUUGACUUCCUGCAUUCAAUUCAACCUUGCAGCAUUAUACACAGUGAUUUAAAACCAAAAAAUAUACUUCUUGAUGCCAAUUUCAGCUGCAAGCUCAGUGGGUUCAGUUUCUGCCAUAUUAUCUCUAACAACAAGCAGACUCUCACAACUGAUGAAUUGAUGGGAACUUCUUACAUAGACCCUGAGUCUCUAGAUGAUGGACUUCUUUCCCUUAAAUCUGAUGUAUAUUGUUUCGGAAUUAUAUUGCUGCGCUUAUUAACUGGAAGACCUGCCCUGAAUAUAGUGAAAGAGGUUCAACAUGCUCUGGAGAAUGAUUAUCUCCAUAGUAUUUUAGAUCCUGCUGCUGGUGACUGGCCGGUUGUACGAGCACAACAACUUGCUCAUAUGGCUUUGAAAAGCUGUGACAUAAAAGCAAAAGACCAUCCAAACCUUGGUUCGGAGAUUUGGAGAGUGCUUAAACCAGUGAUAACUUCAACUGAGAGCUUUUCUAGUCCUAUGCAGCCUGUCAGUGGAGACCAAAUACCAUCCUAUUUCAUUUGUCCCAUUUUUCAGGAUAUAAUGCGGGAUCCACAUUUUGCUGCUGAUGGAUUUACAUAUGAAGCAGAUGCUGUUAGAGGGUGGUUUGAGAGUGGUCGUAAUACUUCACCAAUGACUAAUUUAAGACUCGAUAACCAUAAUCUUACUCCUAACCGUGCUCUGCGAUCUGCAAUUCAGGAGUGGCUGCUACAGCACCAUCUUGUUUAGGUUCUCUCAUUCAUGUCUACCCAACAUAGUUUGUUUAUGAUGUUUUGUACAGUAUUGACGGGUUAUAUGUGCAUUCUUUUUUAGGAAAUUGUUCACUACAUUGUAUAGUAAUUGAAGGCAUAUAUAUUUUUAAGGCAAGUAAAAGAAAUAUAUAUUGUAUAGUAAUUGAAGGCAUAUAUUUUUUUAGGAAAUCCUACCUAAUGUAUAGUAAUUGGUGGCUUAUUUGCUUCCUGUAACAAUUCAUUUGU